AUGUUCGCAGAUCCUGCAAAAAAAUUUCCGCUACAAUACACUGUUUCAUCAAAUAGAUCAGAUAUAGUUUUAGUAAAAUGUCCUAAUAAUAAUUACCAACACAAUGAUAAAGAUGAUAUAUUUUAUUCAGAAAGUAAGCAAAAUUUUAUGUCAAAUAAGGCAGUAUUUAAAAAUUUGACAACUGAAUGGUUUGCUGUUUUUAAUAAUAAAUCUGAUUCCAACAUAAUCCUUGUAAAUUGUGGUAUUUUAAGACUUAAAAAAUCUUUAUAUAUAUCAGUUAAUUGGACUGCAAAUGUGACUUGGUCGAAAGAUUUAAGUUCAUCAAAUCAUGAUAAUUUUUUAAAUGUAUCGGAAAAAAUAACUUUUUGGAACAAAAACAAUAAAUUGUUUAUAAAAAAUAAAAAUGGAUUAGUAUCAAAAUUCACUAAAAGUAAAAAUAUUUCAUUUUAUAAAGGUGAUCGAAUUUACAAAUUUCGUAGACCAAAUGAUUAUAGUGAAAUUGAGGAACCACAAACUGUUUAUGAUGUUGCUCAUGUUUUUCCAAAAAUUGACAUUAAAGUUGAUGAAAAAAGAAAAAUAAUUUUGGAAAAUAAUAAAUUAACAAAAAUUAUCAAAAACAAUAAGAGUGAAACAUUUAGUAUUGAACUUUUAAUUGAAGGUGAUGGUUAUAGAAAUAUACAAUUUUAUAAGAAUGAAAAUGUGGAAAUAAGUAUUAUUAAUAUAUUUUAUAAUGGAACUCAAAUUUUUUCUCCUUAUGCAUUAUCUUUAAACAAUACUGUUACUAUAGAUUAUUAUGGAUUUAUUAGUGUAAGAUAUUAUUGUGACAUAUGUUUGAAUAUUACAUCUGCUACCUAUGGAAAAACGAUAAUCAAAGAUUUUUAUUUUGGACCUGAAGAGAAAGAUCAUGUUGAAAGUUUUCCUGAUAUAACAAUUAGCAAAGAAGAAAUUAAACAUAAGAAACCUACUUGCUUUUUAAAUCAUCAUUCUUUGUAUCGUCUAUAUGAAAUAAAAUUUGAAAAUUUUUCUGUUAAUAUAAAUGGUAUUGCAUUGAAUAAAUCAGGUGAAAUUGAUGAAUUUUCAUUAUAUAAUAAUUCUAUUAUUUUUACUAAUCGUUCUUAUAAUGGAAUACUUGAAUGUGUUUAUAAUAUUUUUGAUAAAGUAACAUUCACAACUAAAGUAACAUUCAAAACACCAUCUAGUUAUAAUGAAACAAGAGAACCAGUUUACAUUAGACCAUAUGUAAUGACUGCUAUUGAAAGAACAAAUCAAAAAGUUAAUUAUCUGGUUAAAGUUCUUGUUCUUCCAUUUUUAUUAUUUAUGGCAAUUCUUUCAUUUAUUGCAUUUUUAAGAUGCCAAUAUGUUGAAACAAAAAGAGAAAAUGAAAAGUUAAGAAAAGAAAAAAGGCUUAGAGAAAUAAGGGAACAUAGACGAAAAAAUGAUGGUGGACUUCUUGCCCAUAUGAAACCUAAAAUAUCCUACCAAGAGUAUUUGAGAACGAAAGACAUGACAGGUCAGACUAUGACAAAAAAAUAA